CUUAGGGUUUUAACUUGGUCUCAUGCAAGCUUCAAAAAUAUCAUGACCGAUGAGAAAAAAAUUUAUUUAGAUUAUAAUGCUACAACUCCACUGGAACCAUCGGUGCUAUCAGCCAUCCACGAUGCUUUACGAGAUGCCUGGGGAAAUCCCAGCAGUUCCUAUGCUGCGGGAAAGAAAGCAAGUCACGUGAUCAAAGAAGCCCGAACCUCAAUAGCUUCCAUGAUUGGUGCGUCAAGCGGUGACAUCAUAUUCCUGUCAGGUGGUACUGAGGGAAAUAACAUGGUUAUUCACUCUGCUUUGGAAUAUUUCCAUGGCUUUAAUGAUCAGCAAGACUGCAAGCCACAUGUCAUUACAUCCAAUCUGGAACAUGAUUCAAUCCAACUUCCACUCCUGAAACUUAAAGAACAAGGCAAGAUUGACGUGACUUUUGUUCCUGCUUCACCAGACUCUGGUGCUGUUACAGCAGAGGAGAUACUGCAGGAAGUGAGACCCAGUACGUGUUUAGUUACAGUUAUGAUGGCCAACAAUGAAACAGGAGUGAUCCAGGUGAUUUACGUGAAAUUAGCUCUUAAAUCCUGUGCAGGGAUGUAGCUAAGAGCCGACUGUCAGCUAAUUUCGUUGGCUGAAAAGAAUCUUACCACUGGCUAAAAUUGCUCUGGAAAACAAAGACAUUGGGUAAUUUUGAAGGAACAGUUGAGUAAAAAAGCCGGCUUAAAUAAUAACAAAGCCUGCUUAACUUUUCCUUAGCUACAUCCCUUGUUGUGGCUUACUAAAUUUUUUUUCUGAGUGACAUUCCUAAAGUGAUCAUCUUACAGUUUUCUAUUUUGGGGAGGAGGGUGGAUAAAAAUACAUAUGCUAGCUGGGUGGUCCAUUCACUUCUCCUAGCUUGAAAGCUUUUCAGGCUGAAGAUGGUUUGUCCAUGUGUCAACAAAAGUAUUGCAGCCAGCCCUUAGGAGAUACAUAGGAGAUACAAAGGGUCCACAUGCUUUGUAUGAUACUGCAGGGGAACUUCCAUAUAACAAACCUCCUUACAACAAAGUCCUCAGUCUAACGAAUGGCAUUCUUCAUCCCAGUAAUCGAAAAGUAUAUGGAACUGGGGAUAAUGAAACCUCUUUUAAUAUAGAAAACAUAUUGGCCCUUUGCUAUAUUGAGGUUCCACUCUAUCAAGAAGAUAUUGUUUAAAAUCAGAUUGUUUUUGAUAAAGCAGUAACAGUCUUAAGAAAUAUCAGGAGAGAUUUGAUGCAAUGUUCUUCUGCUAAAGAUUUCAACCUGUUGCAAACCCUGAUAACCGGUUUGCUAAUAAGGAAAGCUUUGCUAUUCAUCAUAACUUGAGAAUUUUGUUCUUUUGUUUGCUUGUUGUUGUAGCCAAUUGAGGACAUUUCAAAGACCAUCAGGAGCCAAAACAAGAGUCGUCUGACUCAAAAACUCCCCAAGAUUCUUGUUCAUACAGAUGCUGCUCAAGCCAUAGGCAAAAUUAAAGUUGAUGUAGAGGAGCUAGGGGUGGAUUACCUAACAAUUGUUGGACACAAGUUUUAUGGACCUCGAAUUGGUAUGAUUGAAAAUGACACCUAUAUGGGAAAUUGUUGAAACUUCUGGAUUAGAUUUUUAGAUUAUCGCACCCUAAGCAGUACCAAACCAUAAAUUUUACUUACUUAUAGGGGUAACAAUCACCCCUGCUACUUUUAUAGGGAAGUAGCCUCCCUUCCCCACUCAAACACCCAUGGAGAAAGACCUGGCACUCUGCAUUUCCUAUUUUUGAUAUACAUUUGAUUGAAUUUUUCUGUCACAGAUGUUGACUGUGGGUUCCAUUGUUUUGUCAGAGUGUGGCAGGGUGUGGUUGGCUUAAGUCCUGGACUUCGGGUCAUCACUUUUUGUUCCAAAUUUCACACCAAUGUUAUAUUUCGUGUAUCUCUAGGGGCACUGUUUGUGCAUGAUCCAGAGACUGUCACACCUCUUUACCCAAUAUUUUAUGGAGGAGGCCAAGAGAGAAAUUUCAGACCAGGAACAGAAAACACAGGCAUGAUAGCUGGGUUAGGAGAAGCCUCACAGUUGGUGGUUGACAAUUUGGAUCAAUACCAUGGAAACAUGAAAAUGGUACGUGAAUGUUAUGCUUCACAGCAACUCAGUAAAGCAUUUUCUAUCCUGACGUUGAAGAGGCCAGCAAUGCUGACCUCAUCAGGCUGAAUAAGGAUGGCGAAAUUAAUGUGAGAUGUCUUAUCUGAUCCAGCACAGAGACACCAGCUGCUUGAUCGAUGGUAGUGUUAAUCAGUUGUUUACGAUGGAUUCUUCAUAGGUUUUUCUCACUUUUUGUAAGAUGCUAAUUAGCCUGCAAAGCAGGCACUUUGAAGUUGCCGAGAAUUAAACAAACAAUGGACAGCACUCGUAUAUGUCAGGAGCUGCUUACUUAUGUGUUCAGUGCUGCAAGCUUGUGGAACAGACUUCCUGAGGAGUUAAUAGACUGCUCUACUUUGAUGUCUUUCGAAAACAAACUUAAGCGAAUUGAAGUUUGUAAAUUGUAAUGGACAAUCAUUAGCAAUUCCUUAUUUAGUUUAUCUUUAAAUUCUCACCUGUGAAUCAUAGUUUUUUAUUGAUUUUUGUGUUUUUUAAUUUAUUUUUCUGAGGGCCAUGUGUAGAUUAUCGAGAGAUGUUAAGUUCUACCCUCAAUGAAAAACGUUUUAUUAUUAUUAUUAUCAUUAUUAUUAUUAUUAUUAUUAUUAUUAUUAUUAUGGGGGCAAGAAAGAAUGGGGCGCACAAGGGGGACACACUGGGAGAGAGGUUGCAUUUCUCCAUCACGUGCCCCAUUCUUUCUUGCUCACAUCUUACUCCUACGCGCCUGCUGCCCUGCUACGUAAGUUAGAAACUAAUAACCACGCAUGACUUUCAGCAAACGAAGAUAUAGUGAUAUAAUGUUUAGGCUCAGCUUGGUGGGUAUUGGUCAAGGGGUGGUGAAAUUUUCUGUAAAAGUAAAAGCAUGAGCAAAGACUGAGGGAUUCUGGGCGUGAAUGAUUGACUAUCACAAAAUUGUUUCCAUUAAAAUGUUACCACCAAACUUCAAAACCUCAAAGCCUCAUGAAAAUGAAAGAUGUUAAGAUUGUAUUUGACCAUAACUAAGCGAUUUCUCGCACGCUGAUUGGUUGAGAGCUAUGUUCGAUAAGAGUUUUUGAACAUUUUGACGUCAUGUCUAUGGUCGAUAAAAGUACAGGCCAUGGAAAAUUGUUGUCGAUUUAUUAAUUUGUUUUGAAAACGUAGGUUGCUAGAAUGGUUGAUAAAUAAGAUGUUUUGUUUGAGCGCACGACAACCCAAAUGUUGUGACUGCUUAGAAGGAUAAUCUUUUCUUUUUUCUUCUUAAUUUUUCAAAGGUGAGGGAUUAUCUUGAGUCUAGGCUGAAAGAGACGUUUGAAGACAGCAUUCAAUUCAACGGAAAAUUCGAUACAAGCGAACGCAUUCCCAACACGUGUAAUGUGUCCUUUCUGGAAAGAGGUCUGGAAGGUCGGAAGAUCUUAGCAGCUGUCAAAAAGCUGCAAGCCAGUGUUGGCGCUGCUUGUCACUCUGAUGCUGUUUCACGGCCAUCUCCCAUCCUAACAGCGAUCGGCAUUCCCCAUGAUGUUGCCAUGAAUGCUCUGCGGCUGAGUGUCGGACGAUACACCUCCAAAAAAGACAUUGAUGUUAUAUUGGAGGAUCUUGAAGUUGUUGUUAAGACUCUUAAAAAAGACCACAUUACCGUCUAAAUUCUCAAUUUUAAAUCUGUAAAAUAGAAAAUCUAUUCUCUUAUAUUCAGCAGUGCUGGGAUGAAAUCACUAGCAAAAGACGAGAAUGCAAAUAGAC